AUGGCGACCACGAUCAACCCCCCGCGUGAUCCUAACACGCUCAGCAAUUAUAACAAUUGGCUCUCGACCCAUAUCACUGCCAAUUUUGAUAUCCUGUUCGAUCAAAAGAAAGUUGCGGGAAACGUUGUGCACCAGCUCAAGUCCAGGACCAAUUCCGAGUCCAGAGAGAUUAUCUUUGACACCAGUUAUCUGGAGAUCGGCGACGUCAAGGUAGAUGGGGAACCGGCAAAAUGGGAACUGCUUCCCGCUUUAGGACCAUAUGGGAAUGGUCUGAAGAUCGAACUUGCCAAGGGUGUCGAGCUGAACAAGAGCGUCGAAGUUGGCAUUUCGGUCAAGACGACGGAAAAAUGUACUGCGCUCCAGUGGUUGACACCGGCACAGACAUCAAAUGGACGCCAUCCUUACAUGUUUUCCCAAUGCCAGGCAAUCCAUGCCCGGUCCAUCUUCCCGUGUCAGGAUACGCCGGAUGUCAAGGCUACGAUUGAAUUCAACAUCACGUCGCCGUAUCCCGUAAUUGCUAGUGGCUUGCCGGUUGGACAACCUGUUCCUGCCGACAAGCCUGGUCACCAGAAGUACCAAUUCAAACAGAACGUGCCGAUUCCAAGCUAUCUCUUUGCUUUGGCAAGUGGAGAUAUCGCUGAGGCUCGAAUUGGGCCUAGAAGUGUGGUGGCAACCAGUCCGGACAAGUUGGACGAAUGCAAAUGGGAGCUGGAGGCAGACACGGAGAAAUUCAUCAAUGCUAUCGAGAAAAUCGUGUACCCAUAUGCUUGGGGAGAGUACAACGUGCUUGUACUACCGCCAAGCUUCCCGUAUGGUGGCAUGGAGAACCCGAUUUUCACCUUCGCAACGCCCAGCAUCAUCUCUAAGGAUCGGGAAAACAUUGAUGUCAUCGCCCACGAACUCGCGCACAGUUGGAGUGGUAACCUGGUUACCAACGCUUCAUGGGAACAUUUCUGGCUGAACGAGGGAUGGACAGUCUACCUUGAACGACGAAUUUUGGCUGCACUGCACGGUGAAAAAUACCGACACUUUUCGUCCAUUAUCGGGUGGAAGGCACUGACGGACUCUGUCAAUCACUUUGGCUCUGACCACGAAUUUACCAAGCUCGUCGUCGAUCUCAAGGGCAAGGAUCCCGAUGAUGCAUUCUCCAGCAUCCCAUACGAAAAGGGCUUCAACUUCCUGUUCCACCUCGAGAAUCUGGUUGGAAAACCCAAGUUCGACAAGUUCAUCCCCCAUUACUUCACGCUUUUCAAGGAGAAAUCUGUGGACUCCUAUGAAUUCAAAGCCACUAUUCUAGAAUUCUUUGCCAACGAUGCUGAAGCAUCCAAACUGCUGAAUGAUCUUGACUGGGACAGCUGGUUCUACUCACCCGGACUUCCGCCUAAGCCGGACUUCGACACAACCCUCGUCGAUGUGGCAUAUAAACUGGCCGAGAAGUGGAAAGAUGAAUCCUUUGAGCCAAAAGAAUCUGAUGUUAAGGAUCUCAUGGCCAACCAGGUCGUCGUAUUCCUUGACCAGAUUCUGCAGUUUGAGAAACCCUUGUCGCCUAGCCAGUCCAAACGGAUGGGCGAGGCCUACGGUUUCGCGAAGAGCGAGAACAUCGAGGUCACGAACCUGUACUUCCAGGUGGGUCUCAAGGCAGGAGAUGAGAGCGUCGUCGAACCGACAAGAUCGCUCCUGGGAAGAAUCGGACGAAUGAAGUUUGUGCGACCACUGUACCGAAACCUGGCGAAAUUCAAUCGUGACAUUGCCAUCCAGACUUUCGAGGGACUCAAGGAUUUCUACCACCCUAUCUGUCGCGGAAUGGUGGAGAAAGACCUCUUCGGGCAAAAAGGUAACUAG